GCAGUUUUGACAGACAUAUGAGUGAUCCGGUAUCAUAUAACGGACUUAAGUUUCGUCAGUUUACGUGUUUACCAACCCACACGCAAAAACACUUGAAUGAAAUGGUAUAAACGUGGAUAUAAGCGCGGGAUAUUUCACAUAUCGGAUAUUCCGACAUGUUCGUCAUACAACGGCCUAUGUCAUUUAAUGUAUAACAUCACGGACGGUGACACCUAUCAGGUUCUUAACAGUCAUCAGCAGAUCUGCAGCUGCCCGGGCAGGCCCUGUGAUACCAACUGGACAGACACCGGCCGGUCUAUCACAAAAGUGUUCAAAUAUGCAGGCCAGGAAGUUGAAAUUAAGAUGAGUUAUUGUACAAUGGAUCUGCCCGACAUUGUAUGUCGGCAAAACGACGUUGCACUCACCACCCGAGGACGGGGACCAUUUACGUUUGAAAUCGCCCGCGAUUUCAGUUGUCGCUGCUACAGACAGAUGUACACACACAAAUCUUGGCGACUGGAUGACUACAAUUAUUUUGAAUACAGUUGCGGCAAGCCUCGAUGCGGAAUGAACCGGACGCCGUCGACUGAGUGUAUGAAAAUUACUUAUAAAUCACCUAACAACUUUGAACAUGAAUACCUGUGCCGCUGCCGACGGUACGAGGAAUGUAUUGGAGGUCCGCUGCCGACGGCCUCUAAUCCUGUAACGAGGCGGACAUGUCAGCGAUUAUCUAACGCAGAACUUAGCCGACGUCGAGUUAUUCGCCGUCAUUACCGACAUUUACGGCAACAGUGAAUUCAGUGAGACGCUUUCAAAGUGAUGAUUAUCUCGAUUAAGUUCUUGCAGAAAUUGAUUACAGAAAUGGUUGAGGGAAAAGUGUGUAUGAGUAAUGCCGAUUAGUGUUUUAAACAUUUCCUGGUGAUUAAACCAAUAAAGUAAUCGAAGCAUUGCUUAUACUGUUUUUAAGCUACGGCAUGUUUUGUCUUUGGCAAUGGCGGCUAGAUGGUAUGGUCGUUUUCAGACCCGAUGCAUGGCUGUUUUAAACAACUUUUGGUUGCAUGUUAGAAAACAGUAUUAAUAACAGACAAUUCUAUUAAAAAUAUUACAUAGAAAAAAAAAUGCAUUGAAAAAAAUAUUGAGAAAUUUAGUGUUUUGUCUCUAAAAGAUGAACUUACAAAAUUCGAAAGUUUCCACUCCUUCAGUAUGAACGAAUUAUCAAGAAUAUAUUUGACUGGAGCUUUCUGGACCUAUUAACUUUAGUAUACUGCGGGAUCUUUCUUUGCAAUGUUGAAGUAGUUAUACAGUAACAAUAAAAUAUUUUACACUACAUACUACCAAAUAUCAUGAAAAAUGAUAUUUUCGCCAAAUAUUUAUUCGUAUUAAGUCGGUUGUUAUAUUUUUACCUGCCUUUCGAAUUCACAGUCAUCUUUAUAUACUGUAUCAUGUAAGUUGUUGUACAUUUCUUUUCAAAAAAAUAUUUUAGAUUUUUUUUUCUGUGAACAUGGUCAUUAUUGUAAAUUUUAUCAUUAGCAUAACUUACAUUUAAUAUCAAAUAUCAUGUUUUAUUUCAAAGGACAUGUAUGGAUCAUAAUUGUAUACAUGUAGUAAAAUUAAAGACCGCUGAUUUAGAUAUUGUUUUGUACAAAUCGUAGGUCUUUGCCAGUUUUUUUUUUUUUCAGAAUAAAACGCAUCUUCUUGAUA